AACGAUUGUAUCGUGAGCCACUAGUCGAAUAAUUGUUGAGAUAUGAACAGUUGAAUCUGUGUAUAACAUUAAGUAUACAAUAAGCUAUCAACAAGACUGAGACACUUAAAUUCGCGCUUAGAGUUUCACUUUUUCAUAUUUCGAGAGAGAAAUGUAACGUUUGGUCGACGCUUGAACGUAAUAUAAAUUCGAUACAUAUGUAUAUAUAUAUCGCCCGUGUAUCAUUUAAUCACAAGUUCAGUGACAAAUUUCGUAUUUCGAUUCGAGGCGAAGAGGUUGAAUGGGAACAAUGAUGGCUUCGUGUAUCGUUCUUAAAAAAUUCUCAUCGAUGAGUGUAAUCGCGAUUUUGGCGAUGGUGGUUGGCGUCCAAGCGGAACUUAAACAAAUAAAUGUGAUAUUCCGGCACGGCGAUAGGAUACCCGAUGAGAAAAACGAAAUGUAUCCGAAAGAUCCUUACUUGUAUUAUGAUUUUUAUCCACUGCAGCGUGGCGAACUGACUAACUCAGGUAAAAUGCGAGAAUAUCAAUUGGGACAAUUCUUGAGAGAGAGAUAUGGUGAUUUUUUGGGAGACAUUUACACGGAAGAGUCUGUCUCGGCUCUCAGUUCGUUCUACGAUAGGACGAAAAUAUCUCUUCAACUCGUACUAGCAGCGCUCUACCCGCCAAAUAAAUUGCAACAAUGGAACGAAGAUCUGAACUGGCAACCGAUCGCCACGAAAUAUUUGCGCCGCUACGAGGACAAUAUCUUUUUGCCAGAGGAUUGUUUGUUAUUUACGAUCGAAUUUGAGAGAGUGUUGGAAUCGCCGCGUGGGAAGUACGAAUUCUCGAAAUAUGACAAAUUGAAGAAAAAAUUGGAAGAGUGGACCGGAAAAAAUAUCACUACGCCAUGGGAUUAUUAUUACAUCUAUCAUACACUGAUGGCCGAACAAUCUUACGGUCUUACUCUGCCAUCUUGGACAAAUAAUAUAUUCCCGAGAGGAGAAUUAUUCGAUGCGACGGUAUUUGCAUACAACAUAACCAAUUCGACUCCUUUGUUGAAAAAACUUUAUGGAGGUCCGCUUCUUCGAAUAUUCACCAAGCAUAUGUUAGACGUGGUAUCGGGUACGCAAAAGAAAAAGCGAAAGAUAUACUUGUUCAGUGGACAUGAAAGUAAUAUCGCUGCUGUCUUACACGCUCUUGAACUUUAUUAUCCUCACGUUCCCGAAUAUUCUAGUUCUAUUAUAGUGGAACUUCACAAUAUCGAAGGCACUCACUACGUAAAGAUCGUUUACUACUUGGGUAUCCCGUGUGAAGCGAAAGAACUUCGAUUACCCGGCUGCGAAGUACUUUGCCCUUUGUACAAGUAUUUACAAUUGAUAGAGAACGUGAUACCAUCGAACGAAGAGAUGAUUUGCGAUAAAAGAUUCACCGACACGUUGGCAAACAAUUUGUCGAUCGAAGAAUUAGAUUUCGUGAAGUUGAAUUUAAUAAGGAUAGCGGGUAGUGAGAAUAAAUAAUUAUUAUGGGGGAAUUAAUUAAUUUAUCAAUCACGAAGAAAAUGAAAUAUGUGUUUAAAGUAUUUACUUUACAUGAAUGAAUGAAUUUGAAAUAGUUAAAUGAAUUUAUCAUCUAAUUGAUAUUAAUUAUUUAUUAAUUAUUUAUCGAUAAUCCGAUACGAGAAAAAAAAAAUACAAAGAAUGUGAUUCAUAUCUCUUUAACUAUGUUCAAAGGUCAUCCUAUAAGUAAUGCAUGCUACCUUUUCAUUUAUAUCCACUAACAGUAUUAUUCGGCUAAUUUUUUACUUUUUUUUUUUUUUUUUUUUUUUUAGUUAAAAACAGUAUUAUUGUUAAAAUUCAAUUCAAACUUUUUAUUUUAGUAUUAAAACUACUAUUUAACUUUUAAAAUAUUUAACAUUAUAUUAACCAAGAAAUGCAAAUGAGCAUUUUAUCAUAAUUAUCAUUGUAUUCAGAUUGUAAAAAGUGCAGUCGUUUACUGCUUAUUUCACAAAUGUUUUCGAUCAUGUUUAUCACGCAAAAC